GAUAGAAUGCAAGGGUGAUGGGGUUGGUGCAGUAGCAGCUAGGCUUAAGAAACUUUUUCCUUUUGAGUUUAUCUAAAGCUUUACUCUAGCCUUGAGAGUUGAUUUAACCUUUAUCCCUGGCACUUGGAGGAGAAAACAGUGUAAACUUUUAACAUUUUUUGCCCACUCAGUGCUCACUUUUAGUAAUGUUUGGGCUCUUUCUCCUCUCAGGAAAGAGCAAAAACAAAAGACAUCACCUUGGAUGUAUCCCCAAACCCCCAACUUUAGCCAAAAUUGCCAAAGCAGCCAGGGGAUCAACAGUGAACUCUCCUAGCAUUGGAUCUAUCAUUCUCAAAUUACACUGGCAACUUUGAUCCCUCAUAGUAAAAAGCAGCUCACGUACUGUUUCAUAUUAUGAGCUGCCCAGGCAUCAAAUGGGCCUUCAAGACCACUGUCAGGUUCAGUGAUUCCCUUAGUGAACUCACAGGACUCAGCAUAUAGUUCAAAGUUAAAAUUACAGGUUAAAUUACAAAGUUAAAAGAUUUGAAGCAAAAUCGGCAAGGGGAAAAGGCUCAUGGAAUGAAGCCCAGAUGAAACCAGGCACAAGCUUCCAAGGGUCUUCUUCCCAUGGAAUCACACAAUAUAAUGUGAAAGAUGUUGCAGAAGUGUUCCAGAAGUGGCUGAAGAUAGAAGGAAAAAAGUGCCACUGCCUAUCAGAAAAAACAAAACAAAACAAAACAUGGGAAAUACAACUACCAAAUUUCGUAAAGCACUCAUCAAUGGUGAUGAAAACCUGGCCUGCCAAAUAUAUGAAAACAAUCCUCAGCUAAAAGAAUCCCUUGAUCCAAAUACAUCUUAUGGGGAACCCUACCAGCACAAUACUCCAUUGCAUUAUGCUGCUAGACAUGGAAUGAAUAAAAUAUUAGGGACUUUUCUUGGUAGAGAUGGAAAUCCAAAUAAACGGAAUGUGCACAAUGAAACAUCUAUGCAUUUGUUGUGUAUGGGACCUCAAAUUAUGAUAUCUGAAGGAGCCCUUCAUCCUCGCUUGGCACGCCCCACAGAAGAUGAUUUCAGAAGAGCAGAUUGUCUGCAGAUGAUCUUAAGAUGGAAAGGAGCAAAACUUGACCAGGGUGAAUAUGAGAGGGCAGCUAUUGAUGCUGUUGAUAACAAAAAAAACACACCCUUGCACUAUGCUGCUGCCUCAGGGAUGAAAGCCUGUGUAGAGGUCAGCAAGCUGAAGUACUUUUUAACAUGUUCUCCUCAAUAUGUGAGGCAUUGUUGCUGCCAGCUAUCUUCUGUGCCAAAGCUUUUAGUAAAACACGGAGGAGACUUGUUUGCCGAGAAUGAAAAUAAAGAUACUCCUUGUGAUUGUGCUGAAAAGCAACACCACAAAGAUUUGGCCCUCAAUUUGGAAUCUCAAAUGGUAUUCUCACGGGAUCCUGAGGCUGAAGAAAUAGAAGCUGAAUAUGCUGCAUUAGACAAACGAGAGAUUGUCAACUCCAUGAAGGCUAGAGCCAUAUCUGCCUAUUCAACAGACUGUUUUCAAUGUUUGAAACACUGCUUGCCCAAACCAUAUGAAGGAUUAAGGCCUCAGGAUCUCCGUAGAUUGAAAGAUAUGCUUAUUGUGGAAACUGCAGACAUGCUUCAGGCUCCUCUGUUUACUGCUGAAGCUUUACUUCGAGCUCAUGACUGGGACAGGGAGAAAUUACUUGAAGCUUGGAUGUCCAACCCAGAGAACUGCUGCCAACGAUCAGGUGUUCAAAUGCCAACUCCACCACCAAGUGGGUAUAAUGCCUGGGACACACUCCCAUCUCCAAGAACUCCAAGGACUACACGCUCUUCUGUCACUUCCCCAGAUGAAAUCAGCUUAUCUCCUGGGGAUUUAGAUACCAGUUUGUGUGACAUUUGUAUGUGCAGUAUCUCUGUAUUUGAAGACCCCGUGGAUAUGCCCUGUGGACAUGAUUUUUGUAGAGGAUGUUGGGAGUCGUUUUUGAAUCUGAAAAUUCAAGAAGGUGAAGCUCACAACAUUUUUUGCCCUGCAUAUGAUUGCUUCCAACUUGUGCCUGUGGAUAUCAUAGAAAGUGUAGUUUCAAAGGAGAUGGACAAACGAUACCUACAGUUUGAUAUUAAGGCCUUUGUUGAAAAUAAUCCUGCCAUUAAAUGGUGUCCUACUCCAGGCUGUGACAGAGCAGUCAGACUAACAAAACAAGGGUCAAAUACAUCUGGAUCUGAUACACUCAGCUUCCCAUUGCUGAGAGCUCCUGCUGUUGAUUGUGGAAAAGGACAUCUCUUCUGUUGGGAGUGCCUUGGUGAAGCACAUGAGCCUUGUGACUGCCAAACAUGGAAGAAUUGGCUGCAAAAAAUAACCGAAAUGAAACCAGAAGAACUUGUGGGAGUUAGUGAAGCCUACGAGGAUGCCGCCAAUUGUCUCUGGUUAUUAACUAACUCCAAGCCUUGUGCCAACUGUAAGUCUCCAAUACAGAAGAAUGAAGGCUGCAAUCACAUGCAGUGUGCUAAGUGCAAGUAUGACUUUUGCUGGAUUUGCCUAGAAGAGUGGAAAAAACAUAGUUCUUCCACUGGAGGUUAUUACAGAUGUACUCGCUAUGAAGUCAUUCAGCAUGUGGAGGAGCAAUCCAAGGAAAUGACUGUGGAGGCUGAGAAAAAACACAAACGAUUUCAGGAACUUGACAGAUUUAUGCACUAUUAUACCAGAUUUAAAAAUCAUGAGCAUAGUUAUCAGUUAGAGCAACGCCUUCUUAAAACAGCCAAAGAAAAGAUGGAACAAUUGAGUAGAGCUCUCAAAGAAACUGAAGGAGGCUGUCCAGAUACCACUUUCAUUGAAGAUGCAGUUCAUGUGCUCUUAAAAACUCGGCGUAUUCUCAAGUGUUCUUAUCCGUACGGAUUUUUCUUGGAACCUAAAAGCACAAAGAAAGAAAUUUUCGAACUAAUGCAAACAGACCUAGAAAUGGUCACUGAAGACCUUGCCCAGAAAGUCAAUAGGCCUUACCUUCGCACACCCCGCCACAAGAUCAUCAAAGCAGCAUGCCUUGUUCAGCAGAAGAGGCAAGAAUUCCUGGCAUCUGUGGCUCGGGGAGUAGCUCCUGCAGACUCACCAGAAGCUCCAAGACGCAGCUUUGCUGGUGGAACAUGGGAUUGGGAAUAUUUAGGAUUUGCAUCACCAGAGGAAUAUGCUGAAUUUCAGUAUCGGAGGAGGCACAGACAACGUCGUCGAGGAGACGUGCACAGUCUGCUCAGUAAUCCUCCAGAGCCUGAUGAGCCAAGUGAAAGCACUUUAGAUAUUCCAGAAGGCGGCAGCAGCAGCCGCAGACCUGGCACAUCCGUGGUAAGUUCUACAUCUAUGAGUGUACUGCACAGCUCUUCCCUGCGUGACUACACCCCUGCCAGUCGCUCUGAAAACCAGGACUCUCUUCAGGCUCUGAGUUCCUUGGAUGAAGAUGAUCCCAAUAUACUUCUUGCAAUACAGUUAUCACUGCAAGAGUCUGGGCUGGCCAUCGAUGAAGAAACUAGAGACUUCCUCAGUAAUGAAGCAUCCUUAGGUGCGAUAGGCACUUCUUUACCUUCCAGGCUGGACUCUGUCCCCAGAAAUACAGAUAGCCCUCGGGCUGCAUUGAGCAGCUCUGAGCUUUUGGAACUUGGUGACAGCCUCAUGAGACUAGGAGCAGAGAGUGACCCAUUUUCAACUGACACCCUCAGUUCACACCCUCUCAGUGAGGCAAGAAGUGAUUUCUGUCCCUCAUCCAGUGACCCUGAUUCAGCUGAUCAAGACCCCAACAUCAAUGACAAUCUUCUUGGCAACAUCAUGGCUUGGUUUCAUGACAUGAACCCUCAGAGUAUUGCCCUGAUUCCUCCAGCAACUACAGAAAUUAGUGCAGAUUCCCAGCUCCCCUGUAUCAAAGAUGGGUCAGAAGGUGUGAAGGAUGUGGAACUGAUGCUGCCGGAAGAUUCAGUGUUUGAAGAUGCCAGUGUCAGGGAAGGUAGAGGAACCCAGAUGGAAGAAAAUCAUUUGGAAGAAAAUAUUCUGACUGAGGAAGCAGCAUCUCAAGCUGGUGACAGUGGUAAUGAGGUGGCCAACAGAGUAGAUGGUUCAGAUGUUUCAAGUCAAACACCUCAAACCUCAAGUGACUGGCUUGAACAAGUACAUUUAGUGUGAACUGCACACAUCUGGGCUCUAAAUGAAUUACAGUUAUAGAUGGUAUGCUAGGUGGAGUAUGCUUGAUAGGGACCUUGAUUCACUUAAUUCCAACUCAGUGAUAAACCACCAACAUUAGGGUUGAAUACAAAGGAGUUCCCUUGAAUGGUAGCUUCAUUUUUUAUUUUAACCUUACAGGGAAUUUCCUUUGUACUUAAUCGAAUAGCUUUUCCCCUUUCUGCUGACAAAAAGAAGAGCAAGAGAAAGAGAAAUAAAAAUGAAAUAAAUAGGUUGUAUUCCACAUUUUAAGAAAAUGCAGUCCUCUAUUUAGCCUAGGGUUGACAAUACUUAAAUUGAACAUUUAAACUAAAGGCUUACUCCCUAAUCUUUGGGUGGCUUUCCUUUAAAAACAAAAAAAAAGUUUUCUUCAUUCUAGAAAUUCAUUUUGGAUAGAUCCGAUAACAUGUAUGUUCUCAAUCUCUUUGUGCUCUUCUGUAACUUCCUUUCUUCCUUUUUGUCUAAGCAAUGUGCAUUGAAGUCUCUUUAGUACCACAUCUACCACAGUGUAAUUAGUUUUAAUUUUCACAUGAAGCAAAGAUUUCCUUUCAUGUCUAUUUACAGUCCAAUUGUGCCAAACUCUGACUUGUGUGCUGACUAACAAGGCAUUUAGGUGUGCAGCAUCCUAGAGUGCUCCAGGGCAGUGUCAGCGUUCUUGGGAGUCAAAGGUGCCACUCAGUAGCAAUGAUAGUCCAGAAUUACAUGGGUUUUUGUUGCCGUGGAGACUGCAUUUAUAUAAAUGUAGCCUGUAGCUUAAGUUAACUAAACCUAAUGCUGCUGUUAAAAAGUUUAUUUUAAUAUUAAAAUACAGUUGAUUAGCAACAGCGGUGCUGUAUUUUAAGAGACACUUUAUUGGAAGUGCAAUCAUAGUUAUUUGUUUUCACAAUUUUACAGUGCAUUCUAAUUACUAAUGGGUGCAAUUACUUUUAAUGGUAGGUGUUUUAUAAAAUAGAAAAAAAAGUGGAGUUUUCAUGAGUUAUAGUAAAUCCCACGAUUAUUAAGAAAUUCAGUAAAACAUCCUGCGCAACAUGUUACCGUGCCUUUGCCUAACCUAAAUGGAUAGUUGCCAGUUAAAUAAGUGAGUAAUUCAAAUUUCAAUGUCUCUUCUGAAGUAACUAUGCUAUGAAUUGCAAAGACCUCCAUAAAACCACCCAUGGCCUUGCUUUUACAGUAACAACUAAAUGUUCAGUUUGUUUGCCUAACUAGCAAAUGCUGACAUGUGUUUGUUCUAUUGCACAAUACUCAUUUGCUGUGUGAUUACUGUUUAGUGUUGAAAAAAAUCAACUUCCUAGUUAUCAGUGUCUACUGUGAAGAAAAUACUGGUCUUAGUUAUAAUUAAGAUACAAUGGUACAGUGUGUAAUUAAAACUAGAGUAAACUGUUGGAAUGGCUGUUUUACUUACAUAUUAUCAAAACUAGCGUAACAUAAGCAGAAUAGGUAAGUGCAACACUCCAUUUAGUGUUUUGCCAAAUUGUUGCCAGAAAUCUACAGAUACCAAAAUUUCAGUUCUGAGUUUGUACAGGCAAGUCCUGGACUGGGUAAAAAGUUAUAUUAGUAUUAUUAUCCACAAGUGAUGUGAUUAUGGUUUUCGAUUACUUUUUUUCCAAACCCUGCUUUUGAAAUAUGCUUAUACUUAAAAUCAUAUUGCUAGGACACUAUAUUAGCAUAUUUAAUAUUCCCCAGAUCCUCUUAGGAUAAACUGUGGGAAUCCUCCUAUGCCAGGCCUAUCAAAGGUCCACAUUAGUUUUUAUUUCUCCAGUGAUCAGAAACAUUGAUAUCAAUACCUAUUAAAGUUAGUGGGGGGAAAUAUUAACUUUAUCUACAGUGUAUUACUGUAUAUUAAACUGAAAUAGUCCACAAAGGAUUUUUUAUGAAUUUAUUUUGGAUUAAAAAUAUCAACACCAAUAAGUUUUUAGACCAAGUUGUAACUUUUCCAGUAUAGAGUCUUUGCAUCACAUUGAGGCAUCUUGCACAGCUGCAGUUAAGGUGAGAAAGAAUGCUCUGUGUGAAGAUAGCGUACAAAAUGGGUUCCGGUUUCCUUGCACCUUGUGCAGUAUCCUUUAUUUCUGUGCUGUUCUCUUCUGAGCAUGAAAAAUGAUGAUUAUCCAAUUUGUAUUUCCUUGGUACAUAUUUUAAAAACAACACAGUCAUUGACUUUACAAUUCAGUAAUGAAGUUUGGCAAAGCCUAUUUUGUAAACAAGUUAAUUUUAUAAUGUAAAAAAAAAAGUUAAUCUAACCUUGACUUGUUAUUUGCACUUUCAUAGUCUAUACUUGAUACAUUCCCACUUUAUAUACAGUAGGAUUCUACAAACGUGUAGAUGUUUGGCCAAAUGAAUGCUGUUAAUAAUAUGUAAAAUUCUUUGAUUAAACAUUUAUUACUUAAACUAC